AUGGAUUCAUCUAACGGUAAAAGAGAACCCAAGGUGUCCUUUAGUUUUUUCAAAAAUCCAUUGGAUAAAACUGAAAAUGGUGGUCUGAAGAACAGCAGAGAUCAUGGCAACGGUAAUGAUGCCAAUGUAAACUCUCCGCCCAGCAAGCAUAGGAAAUUCAUGACUAAGGUUAUUAAACCAUCUGAAACGAAUUUUAAUGCCAAAGAUAAACCUAAGGAUUCUGAAACUAUUACGGGCAUGAAAGCCAUAAGGAUUGCAGCUCUCAUUACUGACAUACUUCAUGCCGCUUCACCAAGAGAGUCAUAA